UGGCGGGCCGAGGGGCCCCGGGCCCUGUGGAAGGGCAACGCGGUGGCCUGCCUGCGCCUCUUCCCCUGCAGCGCGGUGCAGCUGGCCGCCUACCGCAAGUUUGUUGUGCUGUUCAUGGAUGACCUGGGCCAUAUUUCCCAAUGGAGCUCCAUCAUGGCUGGGAGUCUCUCAGGCAUGGUUUCCACCAUUGUGACAUAUCCUACAGACCUCAUCAAAACCCGGUUGAUUGUACAGAACAUGCUGGAACCAUCUUAUAGGGGGCUUCUCCAUGCUUUUUCUACUAUUUAUCAACAGGAAGGGUUCCUGGCCCUUUAUCGAGGGGUUUCCCUCACUGUUUUAGGUGCUCUCCCAUUCUCUGCUGGCUCCCUUCUUGUUUACAUGAACCUGGAGAAAAUCUGGAACGGACCCCGAGAUCGAUUCUCUCCCCUGCAGAACUUUGCCAAUGUCUGUCUGGCUGCUGCAGUGACUCAGACCCUCUCCUUUCCCUUUGACACCGUGAAGAGAAAGAUGCAGGCUCAGAGCCCCUUCCUUCCCCGCUGCGGAGGAAUAGAUGUCCAUUUCUCAGGAGCAGCGGACUGCUUCCGGCAGAUAAUGAAGACCCAAGGAAUACUGGGGUUCUGGAAUGGAUUGACAGCCAACUUACUGAAGAUAGUUCCAUAUUUUGGAGUUAUGUUUAGCACCUUUGAGUUCUGCAAGAGAAUCUGUCUUUACCAAAAUGGUUACAUUGUAUCUCCUCUGAGCUACAAAUUGACCCCAGGAGUGGAUCAGAGUUUGCAGCCCCAGGAAUUACGGGAAUUAAAGAAGUUCUUCAAAACUGGAAAACUGAAGUCUAAAAAGCCAACUCUGUAAAACGGAAUGAAACUAGAAGUGCACGGACUAAAGGCAUGUCACAGUCAUAGAUCAAUGUAGCCUCUUAACUGUGCACAUGAGGAGGGGCGAGAGGCCGCUCCUGUCUGCCGCUC